AUGGUCGCAGAGGCGAAGCUACAAGUCACCAUGGCAUGGCCAAUGAUGGCAGCCAAUCUCCUACAGAAUCUCAUGACGCUCAUUCCGCUCGCCUUCGUGGGUCGUCUGGGUCCGCUGCCGCUCGCCGCCGCGUCCAUCGCCACCUCCUUCGCCAACGUCACCGGCCACAUCCUGCUCCUUUCCGCGUCUCCCCGGCCACAUCUGAAUCACCAUAAAUUUCACUCCCGUCCCCCUCUUCCCGCCCUCCCUUCCCCUCCACUCCCUCCCCUCCAUCUUCCCCCCUCUCCCCCACAACCCCAUCCGCACCCGCGACAGCAAGGCCUGGCGAGCAGGCUAGAGACGCUGUGCGGGCAGGCGUUCGGGGCGGAGUGUCCGCUGCAGCUGGGGCUGCACCUGCAGCGCGCGCUGCUGUGCAUGACUCUCGCCGCAACCCCUGUGGCCCAAGGCCUGGCGAGCGGGCUGGAAACCCUCUGCGGGCAGGCGUUCGGGGCGGGGUGUCCGCUGCAGCUGGGGCUGCACCUGCAGCGCGCGCUGCUGUGCAUGACGCUCGUCGCCACGCCCGUGGGCGUGCUCUGGUGGUUCACGGAGCCGCUGCUGCUGCUGCUGCACCAGUCCCCGGAUAUUGCUGCUCUGGGCGCUGUGUAUAUCCGCUGGCUGCUGCCGAGCCUCGCUGCUGCUGUUGUCAUGCAGUGCUUGGAAAGGUACCUGCAAGCUCAGUCAGUAACCUUCCCCAUGGCCGCCUGUGCGCUCGCAGCCGUACUCCUGCAGUUCCCCCUCACCUUCCUCCUCGUACACACUCUCCACUGGGGCCUACAAGGGGCUGCCAUAGCUGUCUCUCUGGCCUAUAUGCUGGACCUGCUGCUGCUGCUGGUCUACAUUCGCUGCACCGGCGUGGCCAAGGCUGCGUGGGGCGGGUAUAGUAUGGAGGCGUUCUGCGGGUGGGAGCCGUUUCUGCAGCUCGCCCUGCCGUCUGCUGUCAUGCUGUGCCUUGAGUAUUGGAGCUUCGAUAUAGUCACGCUUCUGGCCGGCCUCUUGCCUAACCCUGACAUCCAAGUAGCCGGCCUCUCUGUUGUUCUGAACACAUCAGUGAUGGCGUUUGUGCUGCCAUAUGGCUUUGGCGUGGCUGUCAGCACGAGAGUGGCCAAUGAGCUGGGGGCAGGAGACGAGAUAGCUGCCCAGCGAGCUGCCACAGUGGGAGUGCUGUGGGCGCUUUUCGAGGCCACGCUAGUCUCCUCGGCUCUGCUCACAGUCCGCUCCUCCUGGGGCUGUGUGUUUAGCACAUCCCCUGAAGUUGUCGCCUUUGUUGCUGCCAUCAUGCCUCUGCUUGUCGCAUCUGUCGUCACUGAUGCGGUCAAUGCUGUUUUGUCAGGCAUUGUGCGUGGUUCAGGCUAUCAGCAAGUGGCUCUCGUUGCCAAUCUUGCAGCGUAUUACCUCUUUGGUCUCCCACUUGCUGCCCUACUCGCGUUCUACCUCAAGUUGGGAAGUGUGGGCUGA